AUGUCUUAUUUCUCGAACAUCGCCAACGCCCGCUCGAUGAAUGCUACGUUGUCGAGCGCUGUUGAGAAGGACGUCGAGCUCGGCGACCCGCCCUCUGAUUCUAUCUCGUCGAUCUCGUUCUCGAGCCAGGCGAAUUAUCUGGCGGUGGGGAGCUGGGAUAACAGUGUACGCAUCUACGAAGUCGCCUCGAACGCCCAGAGCCAGGGAAAAGUGAUGUACUCGCACCAAGGACCCGUGCUCGACGUCUGCUGGAGCACCGACGGAACGAAGGUAUUCUCAUCCAGCGCCGACAACACCGCUCGCGCGUUCGAUAUCGGAACGGGGCAGAACGUCCGAGUCGGGCAGCACGACGCUCCCAUCAAGUCCCUUCGGUGGGUUGACGGCCCGCAGGGCGGGGUCUUAGUAACAGGCAGUUGGGAUAAGACUUUGAAGUAUUGGGACCUCCGCACGCCCAGCGCGAUCGCCACAGUCAACCUCCCGGAGCGGUGUUACACCCUCGACGCGCGGUAUCCGUGUCUCGUGGUGGGCUGCGCGGAGCAGCAUAUUAUGAUAUAUGAUCUAAAGAACCCUACGGUGCCGUAUAAGACGAAGAUCUCCCCGCUGAAGAAACAACUCCGGGUCGUGAGCUGCUUCACCAACUCGACGGGGGAUCACGGGUUCGCGCUGGGCGGGGUGGACGGGCGGCUGGCAAUCAGCUACAUCGAGGACAAAGACGCGGUAAAAUGCUAUUCGUUCAAAGCCCACCGUCGCUCGACCACCCCCACUUCGAACGACCAAGCGAUCGUGCACUGCGUGAACUCCAUCGCGUUCCACCCCGUGCACGGCACCUUCGCGACGGGCGGCUCGGACGGGGGCGUCCAUUUCUGGGACGGCGAGGCGCGGGUGCGGGUGAAGACCUUCGAUCCCUACCCGACCCCCGUAUCUAGCACGGCGUUCAACAAGGAUGGGUCGCUGUUUGCUUAUGCGUUGUCGUAUGAUUGGCAUAGAGGACACGCAGGCGCAGCGUUGACGGCGGCGACGAACUCGACGGGGUCGGCGGAACCGAACCGGAUGGUGAACCAGACGAAGAUCAUGCUGCACAAGUGUAAGGAGGAGGAGGUGAGGAAGCGCCAGGGGGCUAUUCGGAAGUGA